UAAUCUCAGAUGCUUCUCUGAAUUCUCUUAUCCUACGGCUCACAUUUAUCAUUCUAUUCCUUUAUAUACAUUUCAUUGAGAAAUGGAAAGACAAGACGCAUUUUAAUUAUAAAUUGUCACAAAUUAAACAUGAAUGGAAUACUCGAAUCUCCGGUUGAAGCUCUUGCUUUCAAUUACUGGAGCUUCGAUGUUGUUUGGACGUGGAUUGCUGCCGUUGUUACCGCCGCGAUUACCUUCUGGAAGAUCAAAUCAUCUUCUUCAACGUUGCCCACACCAGAACCAGCAUUGCUAACACUAGCUUCAUCGCAGGUAGAAUUAAUGCGACUAUCAAAAGAGAGAACUUCUUCAACGCCGGCUAGUGCUGUGAUGUUGUUCGAUGAUGCUUUUUUGGUGAAAGAGGAAGGAACAAAAGGGAAAGUCACGGUGCAUUUUAAUCCAGAGGAUGAGGAUGGAGAUGAACGUAACGGCGAUGAUCAGGAAUUAGGAGAAGAGGACAAAAACGACGGCGUAGAGUGGUUUGAGAAUUGGGAGAAAUUGUUGAAAUUGAGAAAAGGGGAAAGGGGAUGGUAUUGUUACCAGGAUAUGAAGCUAAUUAACGGCAGCAUAGUUAGAUUGUGGGACGGCACAAAAAAUAGUUAUCUCUGUUAGUGUUUUGUAGUAUUGAAAAAACUUUGAUAGUAAUAACAGUACUCAAAUUCAUAGUUGUAAAUAUUAUUGUACUCUUUUCCGAUGUUUUGUAGUAUUAAUAUCCAAGUAUUGAUGAUGAAAAACAGCAUUUUUGGGCGAUUUUUCGAUA